AUGAAGGCGAAGGCGCCGCAGGCGCAGGGAAUGAAGUGGAUGGCGCGGGUGAAGCGACGGGUGAAGCGAGAUGAGGACGAGCGAACCAAGGCGGUGACGCGCGCGCUCAAGACGGAAAAGGCGAAGAAAAAGGGGAAGAAGAAGAAAUUGGCGUCGUAUACCGUGUCGGUGUCGUCGAUAGUGGGGGAUGGGGCGGCGAGCGGCGCGCCGAGACGCGCGACGCAAAAGAGCGCGGCGCGCGAGACGAUUUCAUCGACGCCGCGGUACGCGAGCGGGAACCCGUUCGCCGCGCUCGCGGGGGUGAGCAAAAAGAGAUAG